UGUCGGGGGGCGUGUGUUCGGUUGUUCCUCUUGCACAAUCGCUCCCAUGUUGUUGCGUCGUCUGGCAAACCUGACGUGGGGAUCAGCGGAGCAGUCAGUCAGAACGGCGACAGAGUGUGUGAGUGAGUGUGUGUGUGUGUGAGAGAGCGAGAGAGAAAGAACGAGAGAGAGAGAGAGCGCGUGAGUACACGCGUGUGUUUGAGUGUGUGUGCGAGAGAGAGAGUGACAGAGUUGCGGCUGGGCAGAUCAGAAAAGUGCCUGUGGUCUCUCUCUAUUACUCCUCCCGGCUCACUCACACUCCACAGCCGCACCAGAGUGGCGACACGCGCUCCCAAGCCCGGUCGUCUGGCCGCGGGUGACCCGAGGAUCCCACUGUGACCGGAACACGCUCGGGGCUCCGCUGGAACUAAAACUACAUUCACUGACUUGUGAGCGAUGCACUGGCAGCAUGGCCAAGUGGUUCAAGGAGCACCUCGGAUUCAAAACUACCAAAGCACCUCCUCCGGCGCCUCCGAAACCGGACUACAGACAUUGUCACACCGGUGUGCCCGGUGCGCCUGGCUUCCAGCAAACAAGCUCCGCGGCCGCCUUCCCGAGCCCCGUCCAGCCGGACAUACUCGCUGCCUACAAACUUCAGAAAGAGCUGGACUUCGAGGACCCGUACACUCCCGGUGGAAAUAUUUCGUUCGGGCAGAACUUAAACACCGUGGUGGGCUCGCCGGAUAUCAAGUAUGUGUCGCCGAAGCACCGACUCAUCAAGGUGGAAACCAUCGAGAAGAGCAGCCCGGCUCCGGGCGGCCCGGUCACCGUCACCCAGGCGGUGGCCGUGGGCAGCGUCAAGUCUCCCACCUCACCUGCUCCGGACCACGAUAACAAGGACAAGCUUAUUAUCCUUGAGGACUACGCCGACCCUUUCGAUGCUGAGCAGGCUGGGGGCACACAGACCACCACGGAAAAAGUGACGACUGAGAAUGACGGCUACAUGGAGCCAUACGAGGCUCAGAAGAUGAUGGCAGAAAUCCGAUCCGGUGGACGAGGGCCUAAAGAAGGAUCCGCGAGGCAGCUCCCUCUGUACGACACGCCAUACGAGCCGACGGAGAACGGCGGAGACACGGACCCUGAGCACCCGCGCUGCCCAAGGGAAAGUCGGCUGCCCCAGGACGACGAGCGACCCCCCGAAGAGUAUGACCAGCCCUGGGAGUGGAAGAAGGAGAGGAUUUCCAAAGCAUUUGCAGUAGAGAUUAAAGUGAUCAAGGACCUACCAUGGCCCCCUCCUGUUGGCCAACUCAACACCAGCCCUCCCCUGGUGGAGGAGCUGGAGUCUCCCUCCCAGACAGCUCAGCCCUCGCCGGGACAGACAAGCUGUGACCAGCACCACCAUGUUCAGUUUGAUGGUGUGGAGAAGUCUAGAAUGUCUCCAACCAAGGAUGGGAAAACUCGCCCGCUGCAGCGACACUCCAGCAGCUGUUUGGUCAACACUAAAAUGACAUCGCUGGACCACUGCAGCUCCUCUCUAGGGGAGCGCAUUGACCCCACCAUGCCCCUGGAAAGCCAAUUCUGGUACCACGGAGCGAUCAGCCGAACAGACGCAGAAUCUCUGCUCCGGCUGUGUAAGGAGGCCAGCUACCUGGUGAGGAACAGCGAGACCAGCAAGAACGACUACUCCCUCUCCCUCAAGAGCAGCCAGGGCUUCAUGCACAUGAAGCUGUCGCGGACAAAGGAGAACAAGUACAUCCUGGGCCAGAACAGCUGCCCCUUUGACAGCGUCCCCGAGAUCAUCCAUUUCUACUCCAGCCGCAAGCUGCCUAUCAAGGGUGCCGAACAUAUGUCCCUGCUCUAUCCUGUAGCCAUUAGGACACUAUAGUGCUACGGGCCACCUGCAGGCAUCAGACGCCAUCCACCCACCCCCUCCCCCCCCCCCACGCAGCACUCACUGGACCACCCCGGUGGCUCCUCUGCUCUUCUCCGUCCCUCUGGGCCGAGCCCCGUAGGCUCAUGGGGAAGAAGAGCGGCGGGCGUCCCAAACUGCUGAUCCUGACUCACCUCACUGGCCGACAGAAUCCAGAAUCCUGUUUCGAAGGCCUCCUGCAUACUACGUCACACUUACAGACUCAGUGUUUUGCAGAAGUCUCUUUAUUAUUUUAUUGUACUGUAUUUUAUUUUUAUGUUUUUAUUUAUAACAGUCACCCGCUUUAUCGAGUCACGGACUGAUGAACGUCAUUUCACCCUCGAGCUGAUUUCUGGCACUUAACAGUCAAAGACAAAGAAAAGGUACACCGUUGAAACACUUGUCACGCAGAUGUGCAGGACCUUCAGCAGCGGAGCGCGCUGUACCCCCCCUUUUCCUACGACAGUCGUGUGUGAGCAAGUGUGUCUGAUGGUCUCGUUUGCUUAGGCUCUGCUGUUAUUGUAAUUGUUUGUAAGGGGACUUGAAGAUUGUAAGAGCGGAGUAAAGGAAAGUGACUUUUAUGAGACGUAUUAAGGGAUAUUGUCCACAUGGGCGCCGUACAGUGGCCAGGAUAUUGAAUAAGCCGGCCUUGUAUGAGUGGUAUUUCCCCAGCUGCACAGAAACAACAGGCCUGUGAGCCGUGCCGACUGAUCUCUCUAUCUUGUCGUAGUGCGUGCUGUCUGCUAUCCAUCACUGAGUGGGUGUAUCACAUCAGUGACGGUGUAAGUACCAUAGUGGUGAGACGGGCAGAGGAGCAUGAUGGAUGGGUCGCCCCGUCCGACACAGUACAAUUGGCUGAGACACGAGACCCGAGCCUGUCCAAAUGGACCAAAUUGCCCGCGCUCCCCCCCUGCUCAGUAUGGCUUUGCAUUGGGAGAAUGAAAUAUGCCUGCAUUGUCUACCUCAGAAAAUCAAUUUCAUUCGCCCAUCUGCAGAUCAAUAGGUACAAUGGGAUUGCAGACAUCGAUCUGUCCUCGCUUCAACAUUCCCAAUUCCUUCUUUUUUUUUUAACAAUGACAUCAUUGGUUUUAGGAAUAUUUUUUUUAUUUUAAAUACAAUUAUUUCAACAUUUUUCAUAAAAAAAAAAAAAGAAACCAGAUUUUUCAAAUCCGCAAUUGUAUGUAUAGUCAGUAAUAUGAUACUCUGUGAUGUCAGUAACAAAUGUUUGGUUAAUGCCUUAUAAUGCAUGGGUCAAAUCAGUCGGCAAGAUCAGCUGAUUUUCUAAUUCCGCUUUUAUCGAUUGUUCUGUGUAACUGUAAUUAAUGCUGGGGUAAUAGUUACUGUCGUGUUAGUCCUCCGUGACGGCCCGUCGGGCACAACCAACCACCCCCCCUCCCCCUCCUUCGCCCGCAUCGUCCUGUGCCGGUGUGAUCAUGUUUUUAAAAGUCUGCUCUGGCCUCUUUUACUGUGGUGCUUUGCAUUUCUUUUGUCGCUUCAAAGUUCUAAGUGCACGUUUUCCUCGGUGGCCCCGGCUCCGGAACGACACGGGAGUCUCCCGACCGGCGGGACUGUCGAGCACACUUCUUCUCCUCUGACCAAUCACGAUGCAGCCUGCUUGAACGCCGACCUUUUAACCUGUCUCUAUCAUCUCUCUCUGUCAUCUACCCUUUACCACCAGAGGUGCAUGCGUGUGUGUGUGCGAAUGUGAGCGAGAAUGCAGGUGUCCAAGGGUGCAUGAGUAAGAUUUAUAUAUAUAUAUGCAGUUGUGCACAGACGUUCGGUCUUGUCAGUAUGUUUUUAAACCCUGCUGGUACAAACUGGUGACAGUUGUUGCUAAAGAAAUCAGAGUUCAGCCCUUUUGAGUCACUGUUUUUUGUCGGGUUGUUAUUUUUUGUUUGUUUUUUUUGCGUUGUCGCAUUCACUCAUUAACCACAUUUGAAUUUUGCAACUCACAGGAAUGGCAUGUCUGUCUUGUGGCCUGCUCUCUGCAGUUUAUUGUAUCUUAAUAUUUCAGCCCACAUCCUAUAAUAUUGACAGUAAAUCACAGCGAGAUGUCACUGCGAGACGCAAACUGUCCCCUGAAUCUUUUCACACGAGUUGCAGAAUUCUCUUGGUUUAUGGUUUUUAUGAGCAAAUCCAAUGGAAAAAUUAAAUUUUUUUUGAAAGCUGCAUCCAAACUAAAAAAAAAAAGAAAAAGAACGACUGACACCGGGAGCUUGAAGCUGAGUUUAGCGAGCAUGACUACAAAUUAUGGCUUUGACUAUAUCUACACACUGUGUUGCUAUGCAAAUAUAAACUACAGUCACUGAAGGGAAUCGUGUGCCUCCAACAAACGCUGACAUGUGAUGGUACAAAAAAUGUCCACGGAGAGGAAAUGGAAUCGGCAGAAUGACCUGAUUAGUAAAAGAAGUUUGUAGAAAGUCGGACGUGCAGAAAGUGCUCUCGUCACAUAACUAGUGUGUCAUGGGAGAGUGUGUGUGUGUGUGUGUGAUGAGGAAACCUCUACAGCUAUAGUAGGGAACAGUAUGUUGAUGCAGUGGACCUAUAUAAGAUGAUAUCCUAAGAAAGAAAGAGAAAAUGCAAAUUGAAAAUAAACUAUACGCGUGAUGUAUCCUUUAUGUUAUAAAUGUUCCCUGUUUAAGAGAUGAAAGCGUAGAGGCUCCGUAUUCAGUUACUGCUGCUCAUGAAUAUUUCUCUACAAUCGGUAGAAAGAGCCUGUGUAAAAUGGCCACGCUGCCUAGAGAGAGAGAGAGAGAGAGAGGCCUUAGUGUUGAAAGAGAAAGAGAAAGGGAAAACUGGGGGAGACGGAGAGGGGAGGGAAGUAAGGGAGAACCAGGAACACGAGGAGGGAUUUGCUGCAAUCGGCGGACGCAAUCUUCACAUUCAUAUAUUUCUAUAUUGAGAAUGUGAAAGAGCCCCUCUCCUCCCUUUAGAAGUGUCUUAAAGCACACACUUUUGUGCAUGCAUGAAACAGUGUUUGUGUGUCUGUGUGUGUGUGUGGGUGUGUGAGCGUGUGCCUGUGCACUGGUGUAAGUAGCCAUCAGCCAUUGACUUGCCCCGUGUGUGUCUCUCGUUUCACUUUGCUGAAAAGUGGUCAAGUGGCAUGUGUGCGUUUCCUCUGUGUACAUUUCCGUGCCACGUAUGUAUGCACUACUAUAACAUAUCUCUGUACAGUCCCUCAUGGCCAAAUGUAUAUACUGAAUGUAUUGUAUGGGGACAUAGAGGCAACAAGGUUCAAAAAUAAAGACAAAUUGGGUUUAUGAGUCA